AUGAGGACACUGAGCUGGUUGGCUACCCGGCGAGUGCUGUUGGCAACCGCGAAACCCCGGCAUGCCGCUGGUAGCGGACUGAUGUGCCCGACAGCGACUCGUUCAGUUGUGACUUCGGCGUCGAUGAAGAUGGCUACGGGUGUGCGCAAGGAGCGGGAUACGUUCGGAGAAUUGGAAGUGCCCGCGGAUAAGUUGUACGGAGCGCAAACCAUGCGCUCUGCUGUGCUGCGGGUACAAAUCCAACUGUUUGAGCUCAUCAGUGGAAAAUUGUAUGAAGAUCAUUUCCCGCUCGUCAUCUGGCAAACUGGGAGUGGAACUCAGUCGAAUAUGAAUUGCAACGAGGUGAUCUCAAACCGAGCCAUCCAAAUGAUGGGUGGAGAAUUGGGAUCAAAGAAUCCGGUUCAUCCGAACGACCACGUUAACAAGAGUCAAAGUUCCAAUGACACGUUCCCGACUGCGAUGCACAUUGCUGUGGCUGUGGAAAUCCGCGAUGUGCUUCUCCCUGGAUUGAAAGCUUUGCACAAGGCUUUACUAGACAAGUCAAAAGAAUUCAAGGACAUCAUCAAGAUUGGUCGUACUCACACGCAAGAUGCGACUCCUUUGACCCUGGGACAAGAAUUCAGCGGCUAUGCUCAGCAAAUCGAAUUUGGCAUUCAACGGGUGGAAGCCACGCUUCCGCGACUUUACAUGCUUGGCAUUGGAGGAACUGCCGUAGGAACCGGGUUGAAUACACGCAUCGGUUUCGCCGAAAAGAACCCAAGCCCACCGAGGUGCGGAUUGGGCGAAUUGUCUUUGCCCGAAAAUGAACCCGGGAGCAGCAUCAUGCCUGGAAAAGUGAAUCCGACGCAGUGCGAAGCCAUCACCAUGGUGGCUGCUCAGGUUAUGGGCAAUAAUGUUGCUGUAACGGUCGGUGGCAGUAAUGGACAUUUCGAGUUGAACGUUUUCAAGCCCGUCAUCGUAGCAAAUGUGUUGCGUUCUAUCGAGCUGAUUGGCGACAGCUGCCAAAGCUUUGUCGUGCAUUGCGUCGUUGGCAUCAAGGCCAACAAGGACCGCAUUGACAAACUUCUCCACGACAGCCUGAUGCUGGUCACAGCUCUGAAUCCCCAUAUCGGCUACGACAAAGCCGCAGCUAUUGCAAAGAAGGCGCACAAGGAAGGUACCACGCUGAAAGAAUCCGCUAUUGCCCUAGGACACCUUACCGAAGAACAGUUCAAGCAGUGGGUCAAGCCUGAAGAAAUGCUUGGACCCAAGUGAUGCAAAAGAAACCAAGCAAAUAAUGUGAAAUCGAAUGAAGCUAAAAGAAAUGCUUGUGCGUAGAAUCUUCGUCGCGGAAUGAUUUAAUCUCCGUUUUUUUUUUUUGUGUGGCAUCGCUUCUAGGUUUUUGCAAUGCGUGUGUCGUAUUCUGGUCGGUGGUGAAUGUUUCCCUGUGUUACGGAGACUUGAGUGGAUAAAUAUCUUCUCUGAUGAUGAA